AAAUUGAGUUCUUUUAACCGCGCAAACGGGAGCUUCCUUGGAACUUGGAUUUGGAGCACGAAGAGGAUUCUAAUUUCUUUAAAGCUCUGUUUUCAGGAAAUUUUUCUGAGAACUUUUUACCUCCAGAGGAUCAGUGGAAUUUGAUCUGAAGGCUGGCCAUGACAUCGCAGGGCCAAAGUUUGAAUUCCACUUUAGAUGAUAACUGUCAAGUGAACUUCCGAGGGACGCUUCUGACUAUUGAUUCGUACCUGGGGGAUCAAGAUGUGGAGCGCCUGAAGUUUCUCUGCCGAGACUCCAUCGCCUCCAAGAACCUGGAGAAAUGCGGCUCAGCCUUGGAUAUCUUUGAUUACCUGAUGGCAGAGGAGCGGCUGAGUGAGGAAGACCCCUCCUUCCUCGCGGAGCUCCUCUACAUCAUCAAGCAGAGGGUCCUGCUUCGGCACCUGCGCUACACCAAGGAACAGGUGGAGCACUGGCUGCCUGGCCGCCGGAAGGUCUCUCUGUUCAGAAACCUGCUCUACGAACUGUCAGAAGACAUCAGCUCAGAGAACUUAAAGAGCAUGAUCUUCCUUCUGAGGGAGUCGAUUCCAAAAGUCCAGAUGACCUCUCUAAGUUUCCUGGCAUAUCUGGAGAAACAAGAUAAAAUAGAUGAAGAUAAUCUGACAUUACUGGAGGAUCUCUGCAAAAAAAUUGUACCUAAUCUUAUGAGAAAGAUAGACAAAUAUAAAAGAGAGAAAGCCUCCCAGGCAGGGGCACCUCCUGUAACCAAGGAAACUGAGUCAUUGCAUCAAGGAGAGAAAGAACUAUUUUCCCACUCGGACAUUAACCAAUUGCUUGGAGCCUUGCCGGAGGUGUCCUGGCAAGAUGAGCAUGCACAGAGAAAUGGUGACAGAGCAACCCCGGUCUCCGUGGAGAUGUUGGGAGCAUCUGUUGACACUCUAACUUCUGAAACCAGCACAAAGGAGACAGCUGUGUACAGGAUGGAUCGGAAGCACAGAGGGCUUUGUGUUGUUGUCAAUAACCACAGUUUUACCUCACUGUCAGAAAGACCAGGGACCAAUAAAGAUGCUGAGUGCCUGAAGCGUGUGUUUCAGUGGCUUGGGUUCAGCGUGCAUAUUUAUGUCAAUGUGACUAAAGGCCACCUAGAGGAGGUUCUGCAGCAAUUUCAGACUCAUCCAGGCCAUGCUGAUGGAGACUGCUUUGUGUUCUGUGUUCUGACCCAUGGGAAAUUUGGAGCUGUCUACUCUUCUGAUGGGGAGCUCAUUCCCAUCCGGCAGAUCAUGUCUCACUUCACAGCUCAGCAGUGUCCUGCUCUGGCUCACAAACCCAAACUCUUUUUCAUCCAGGCCUGUCAAGGUGAAGAAAUACAACCUUCCGUAUCCAUUGAAGCAGAUGCAGUAAAUCCCGAGCACGUGCCCCCUUCCCUUCAGGACAGUGUUCCCGUUGAGGCGGAUUUCCUUCUUGGCCUGGCCACUGUCCCCGGCUACGUGUCCUUUCGGCACAUGGAGGAAGGUAGCUGGUAUAUCCAAUCUCUGUAUAAUCAUCUGAAGGACUUGGUCCCAAGACAGGAAGAUAUCUUAUCCAUUCUCACCGCUGUCAACGAUGAUGUGAGUCGACAAGCGGACAAACGCGGAAAAAAAAAACAGAUGCCGCAGCCUGCUUUCACACUACGUAAAAAAGUAGUAUUCCCUGUGCCACAGGAAGAACUUUUACUAUAGUAGAAAGUUUUGAUCGACGCUUAAACUUGAAAGGACCCUUUGGGCAUCGCUUCCAACCUCCCACCCGUCAUAGAAAUCAGUGACAGGUCGUGAGCUGUCUUCAAUCUGUCAUUCUAGUAGAAGAACAUACCCUAUUUUCUGACACAACAAAAUCUGUGUUUUUUUGUUGUAGUUUUUUUUGGAUAAGUCUAAAUGGUAGAAAACUUUCUUUAUUGGAGCCUUGGACUGUAGCCUUGAAUUUAGUUGGGCACCCAGAGAAAAAAGUGAUUAGCCUCGGUUUGUGCAUCUGUGAAGUAAAAGGUGGGACCGGGUAUAUUUUAAGGUUCCUUUUAGCUCAGAACCACUGUUCGUGGCCUUGACUGAGCUUAGAUUUCCCUUCUAUAUAUGCUCACCCCUUGUUAUAAUUCUGUAUCCCCUCUGCAUGGUCUUGUUUUGGACACUGGAUGAUGAUGAGAUCAUGGUUCAAUGACCCUCUCCCUGUUCUCCCCUAAAAUUUGAUCUAUGCCACACCCAUUUCCUGCUUUAGUGUAAGGAAGGUGUUUCUAGAAGCAGGCAAUGUUUCUCCUGGGCCGGGAACAGGGUUGGCUCUCGGAAGAUGACAGCUCAGCGUGAAGACAGACACAUUCAGCUGCUCUGGGAGCACAGACUUUACAACCUUGUAUUAAAUUCCAUGUUGGUCAGGACCUUUCAGACGUCGCUGACAGAGCACCCACCUCACACCAACUAAAGCAA